UGGAAUCACCGAAUCCAACGGCUGAGAGAAACCCGCGGAGCCCGACUGAAGCUAAAGGCUUUCCAGAGACGACUCCUCGCCGCCGCCGCCCUCCAUUCCUCUUCCUCCCCAUCCAAACCCUAGACGACCAGGUGGAUCGUCGACCAGCGACCGGCCGCAACCAUGAGUAAGCUGUCGACCGAGGCCCUCAAGGAGGCCAUCACCCAGGUCGUGACCGACGCCAAGGAGAAGAACAGGAAGUUCACCGAGACCAUCGAGCUCCAGAUCGGCCUCAAGAACUACGACCCGCAAAAGGACAAGCGUUUCAGCGGCUCCGUCAAGCUGCCCCACGUCCCGCGCCCCAAGAUGAGGGUCUGCAUGCUCGGUGAUGCGCAGCAUGUGGGAGAGGCUGAGAAGAUUGGUCUUGAUUCCAUGGAUGUUGAAGCUCUUAAGAAGAUGAACAAGAACAAGAAGCUUGUCAAGAGGCUCGCCAAGAAAUACCAUGCUUUCUUGGCCUCAGAGGCUAUUAUCAAGCAGAUUCCCCGUCUCCUUGGUCCUGGUCUCAACAAGGCAGGCAAGUUCCCGACUCUGGUUUCUCACUCAGAGUCUCUGGAAGCCAAGGUGAACGAGACGAAGGCCACGAUCAAGUUCCAGCUGAAGAAGGUGCUGUGCAUGGGUGUUGCGGUGGGCAACCUGUCGAUGGAGGAGAAGCAGAUCCAACAGAACAUCCAGAUGAGCGUCAACUUCCUGGUCUCCCUGCUCAAGAAGAACUGGCAGAACGUGAGGUGCCUGUACAUCAAGAGCACCAUGGGGAAGCCUGCACGGGUGUUCUAAGCCUGUUCCCUUGCCGUCUAUAUCGAUACUAUCUUAGCGGACUUCCUUGUUUUUGCAUUUCGUGGUUUAUCAUCAUCAUAAUUUUGAGUGUGUACUGGUCCUGCUGAAUGUGAUGAGAGAAUUUAGUAGCCUUUUUCAUUGUACAAGGUGUCGUGAACUUUGUGCUCGUCAAGAUCGCUAAUGAUAGAAUCUGCUAUAUAUGUUGUGUAUGCAGUUGUACCCGGAGCCAUUUGUGCACGAUGCUGCUCGUUUCUCUGGUUUUGUGUUACCCUACUAUAUUUUUGGCUGUUGCAUUUAAGAAUGCAGCUGAUAUUUACAUGUACUGUUCUGA